GGUUCGGUCCUCGAGGCAGUGAGAUUCUAACCAGGCGGCUCCUUGAAUUUGUUGCAAACUGUUUUUUGCUCGUUUUCCAAAUGAACGGUUUUACUGGAAAAAAACGGGCAGAAUGUAGGAAAAAGCUCAGAAGUUAAAUUUUAAAUCCCAGACCUGGAAUAUAUAUCUGCUCCUCUGCUCCUGUGAGCAGGUUCUACCCGCAGGGUUCCCUCAUCAGUUUGGUGUUUUCUCCUCACAACCUGACGAGCGGCAGCAGUUCUCAUCCUGCAGGACACCAGCCGGAGGUAUGAGAACAAGGCUGGAGCCUUCAUCACUGGGAUUGAUGUUAAUUCAAAGGAGGCGAUCGAGAAGAAGGAGAAACGAGCGAGACGCUUCCAUUUCCGCUGCGAGGAGAAUGUCGGUCAGAGGAACGUCUUCCUGGAUAAAGAUGCAAUGAAGAAAGCCAUCCCCAGACUGCGACUGGAGGCGAUCUAUGUGACCGGCGUGGACGACAUGAGCACCCAGGAUGUCUUUGGGUAUUUUAAGGAGUAUCCUCCAGCGCACAUCGAGUGGAUCAAUGACAUGGCCUGUAACGUGGUUUGGCUGGACGAUGACACCAGCAUGAGAGCUCUGAUCAACACCAGCCGGAUGCCUGACCCAGAGGCUGUUGCCACAGCGACGGAGUCCGAAACCCUUCAUGACGACCCGAGCAAAGCUCAUCAGGAUCGAGGAUCUGAAGAUGAUGAUGAUGAUGAAGAGGAGGGUGAGGUGGAUGAGGAUGAAGAGGUGAAGAAGAGUGGCGACAGAAAUGUUGAGACAAAGGUGGACGACCUGUCACAAGCAGAGCGAGCGUCUCUCCUGAGGAACGAACUGAGACCCGCCAUCAAGCCCUUCAAAGGAAACAAGCUGCUCCUGCGCUUCGCCACUUAUGAUGAUAAGAAGGAGCUGGGAGCAGCUCGUCGCAGCAGAUACUACAUGAAGUAUGGAAACCCGAACUAUGGAGGCAUGAAGGGAAUCCUCAGCAACUCCUGGAAGCGGAGGUACCACAACCGCCGCAUCCAGAGGGACGUCAUCAAGAGCAAGAAGCCUCUGAUCGGAGACAGCAUGGGACACACUCCGCCGUACACCCACCGACACUCCGCUGACCUGGUCAACCUUCCAGAGGAGCCCAUCAAAGAGGAGGAGGAGGAAGAUGAAGAGGAGGACGAGGCUGAUGAGGACAUGGACUCGGAUGACAGGGUGGUAGAGUACAAAGAAAGGGCCGGCGGUUCGCGUCCACUGGGGGCGGGGCUCCGCAGCCGGGCGGAGCGCUCCCCGUCUCCGUGGUCGGAGUCCGACGAGAUGGACUACGACCUGGAGCUGAAGAUGAUCUCCACCCCGUCUCCUAAGAAGAGCAAGAAGAUGACGAUGUACGCCGACGAGAUUGAAGGUCACCUAAAGAACAUUCGGAACCGGAUCGGAGCGUCGGGAUCACAGAACAGGCCCAAGGCCUCGUCGCCCCCCAAGGUGACGGACGUCCGGCAGCUGCUGGAGGAGAAGAGACAGGGUGGCUCUCAGCACAGACAGCGCUCCCCUGUGGCUGGCAGUGGGAAGACAGACGUCAGACAGCGGCUCGGCAAGAGGCGGUACUCUCCGGACAGACGACGCUCCCCUUCCCCUGUCUCUCCGAGAGACACGCCUCCAGCCAGGGAGCCAAUCAGUGAUGUGCACCGCAGACUGGGCGUGGCCAGCCAGGACAGCAGAGCAAUCUACCCCAAGUCAUCCAAAGACAGGAAAACCAGCGCUCUGUGGAGCAGACUUGGUUCUGGUGGUGGUGACAACGGCAGCGUUGGACGUCACGACCGCAGGAAGAGCGGACGCUCGGACCGGCCGGAUGGCAGCAGGAGCAGACGGGUUGAUGAGGGGGAGGAGGUAGAGGAGCAGGAGGAGGAAGACGACUCGACGCUGCAGAAGGUGUGGGGCGCCAUGAUUAAACAGAAACAGGAGUGUCGGAGCCACAAGAUGAAGAAGAGCCGGCUGGACAACCUGCCGUCCCUGCAGAUCGAGAUCAGCCGCGACAGCAGCGACGACUCAGACGCCUGAUCCGAUGAUUGAGGAGGUGGAGCCGAGUAUUCCCUGCUGUCUGCUCCUCUCCAUGUUGUGUUCCUGCUGGUGGCUGAGCUGCCAGGAUGGAGCUGAUUCUCAUCAAUAGUCAUUCCUCUUACUGCUGAGGAGCUGAACUCUGAGGAGGAGCUUCCUCUCUGCCACAACAAGACCGGCGGGAGCCGCAUCGCUGCCUCAACCAGAGGACGGAGGAACAUGAUGGGAUUGAUUUCGUUCCACUGUUCCUGUCAGAGUUGGAUAACUGCAACUUCUGAUUCUUUUCUUACUUUUUAUUUUUUUUAUUUCCUCUCUGUGUGUGAAUGAUCAGCUUCCAUUUUCCUUCAGUGUGCCAUGAACAGUAAGCUGCUGGAACUGGGAAACGGGUCGUUUUCCUGGUUUAUUCCAUGUGGUCCACAGUGGCCGUAUCCUGACAAGUGACAUUAAAAUGAAAUGACUGAAGGUUAAUCUGCUGCUGGAGCAGUUUUCCUCUGAUGAUCCACUUUGUUCAGUUUAAAAUGAUGAAAUCUGAGGACCAAGUGCUGCAUGUUUGCAGUGUUUCUCACCAAGCGGUCCUGGCCGGAUGCUUGGCUGCUGUUUAAACUUCCUGCAGAAUAAAGUCCGUUUUGACCAAA